AUGAAUCCAGCCUCCUCUCGGGCCGCGGUGCGCUCGAUGGCCUCACAUGCGGUCACUCGAAGCUCUACCUUGAGCUCCCCCGCAGUUGCCCGGGGCUUGCUCGCGGCAUCUGCCCGCUCGUACUCCCCCUCAUUCGCGAUCAGUAGCCGACGGGCGCUGAGCUCCAAUGGCCGGUCUCUGCAGCAGUUUACUCGCCUUCAGUCCAUCAACCUGAGCUCCAGAGCUUUCAGCACGACCGCUAGAAUGGCGCAGGAAACUCGAACUGAGACCGAUGCGUUCGGUGAGAUCCAGGUCCCUGCGGACAAGUACUGGGGUGCCCAGACCCAGCGUUCUCUGGGUAACUUCAAGAUCAACCAGCCCCAGGACCGCAUGCCUCCUCCGAUUGUGAAGGCUUUCGGUAUCCUCAAGGGAGCUGCGGCCACCGUCAACAUGAAGUUUGGCCUUGACCCCAAGAUCGGCAAGGCUAUCCAGCAGGCUGCUGCUGAGGUCGCCGACCUCAAGCUCAUUGACCACUUCCCUCUGGUUGUGUGGCAGACCGGUUCCGGCACUCAGUCCAACAUGAACGCCAACGAGGUCAUCUCCAACCGUGCCAUUGAGAUCCUGGGUGGAAAGAUGGGAAGCAAGAAGCCCGUCCACCCCAACGACCACGUCAACAUGUCCGCCUCCUCCAACGACUCCUUCCCCACCGUCAUGCACAUUGCUGCUGUCCUCGAGCUCGAGGGUAGUCUUCUGCCUGCCCUGCGCAGCCUGCGCGACGCCCUGCAGAAGAAGGUCGACGAGUUCUCCGAGAUCAUCAAGAUCGGCCGUACUCACUUGCAGGACGCCACUCCUCUUACUCUGGGCCAGGAGUUCUCUGGCUACGUUGCCCAGCUGGACCGCAACAUCGAGCGUGUGGAGGCCACUCUUCCUCACCUCCGUCAGCUUGCUCAGGGUGGUACUGCCGUCGGUACCGGUCUGAACACUUUCAAGGGCUUCGACGAGGCUGUCGCUGCGGAGAUCUCCAAGCUUGCUGGCACCGAGUUCGUGACCGCCCCUAACAAGUUCGAGGUCCUGGCCGCCCACGACUCCAUCGUUGAGGCCUCCGGCUCCCUGAACACUCUGGCUUGCUCUCUUUUCAAGAUUGCUCAGGAUAUCCGUUACCUUGGUUCCGGUCCCCGUUGCGGUCUGGGUGAGCUGAUCCUGCCCGAGAACGAGCCCGGUUCCUCGAUCAUGCCUGGAAAAGUCAACCCCACCCAGUGUGAGGCUCUGACUAUGGUCUGCGCCCAGGUCAUGGGUAACCACGUCGCUGCUACUGUUGGCGGCAUGAGCGGCCAGUUCGAGCUGAACGUUUUCAAGCCCAUGAUGAUCCGCAACCUUCUGCACAGCUCCCGCAUCCUGGCCGACGCCAUGAUCAGUUUCCAGGACCACCUGGUUGAAGGUCUCCAGGCCGACCGCAAGAGAAUCGACUCUCUUCUGCACGAGAGUCUGAUGCUGGUUACCUGCCUGAACCCCGUUAUUGGCUAUGACAUGGCCUCCAAGGUCGCCAAGAACGCCCACAAGAAGGGUCUGACCCUGAAGCAGAGUGCUAUGGAGCUCAAGGCUCUGAGCGAGGAGGACUUCGACAAGUACGUCCGCCCGGAGCUGAUGAUCAGCCCCAAGGAGAAGAAAUAG